ACGAACGCACAGGAGCUCCGCUCGCGCUCCAGUUUGGCGUUUUUUCGGCCGUUGGUUAGCAUCUUUAGCUUCGCCCUCAGAAAUUCAGCCUUAAGGUCGAAAAAACUCGAACAAAACCGAGGAUUAAACUCACAGAAGCGGCGAAUAGCGGCUUAGAAGCAGGAUUGCCAGCCCUGUUUAAAGUUUUGCCCCCCUUUUCUCCCAUUUCUCCAGAGCAGGAGUGGCUUCUUGGCGCCCGAAGCCGAGCGGCUCUUCAGAUCAGAUUUCACCGAAAACCAGCUGUGAGUGAGCGGCGUCGGCUUCGACUCUCCCCCCCUACUCUCGUUCUCUCUCCAGCUAUCUUUUUUUCUCUCUUGUCUUUUCUUCUUUAUCUCUUCCCCCGUAUCCCAGCAGUUGUCGGGGGGCUUGGACGAAAAAAAAAGAGAGAAAGAGAAAGGAAAGAAGGAGGAGGUGGUGACGAAGAGGAGCGGAGUGAGUUCAGGAGGGGAAAAAACCCUCCGUCCUUCUUUACUAACUUUACUCUUGCAGAGGAGAAAGAAGAACUAAAGGGUGAAAAGGCGGUGUUUUUUUGUGAGGAAAGAAGAGGAAAAGGUACCAAAAAAACCCCCAAAACAAACAAACAAAAACGAACGAACGAAAUAGCAGCGAAGCGACGGCCGAAGGAUGGACGAGCAGCCGCGGCUGAUGCACUCGCACGGCGUGGGCAUGGCCGGCCACCCGGGCCUGGGGCAGCACAUGCCGGACGGCACCGAGGGAGAAGGUCGCAAACAGGACAUCGGAGACAUUUUACAGCAAAUAAUGACCAUAACUGACCAGAGUUUGGACGAGGCACAGGCCAGGAAACAUGCACUGAAUUGUCACAGAAUGAAGCCUGCCCUUUUCAACGUCUUGUGCGAAAUUAAGGAAAAAACAGUGUUGAGCAUCCGCGGUGCCCAGGAAGAAGAGCCUCCAGAUCCUCAGCUCAUGCGGCUGGACAACAUGCUGUUAGCAGAAGGCGUAUCCGGACCAGAGAAGGGCGGUGGUUCUGCUGCCGCUGCUGCCGCCGCCGCCGCCGCCGGCGGAGCUGGGGCGGACAACUCGGCAGAACAUUCAGAUUACAGAGCAAAACUGUCUCAAAUCCGCCAAAUCUACCACACAGAGCUGGAGAAGUAUGAACAGGCAUGCAACGAGUUCACCACCCACGUGAUGAACCUCCUGCGUGAACAGUCUCGCACGCGGCCGAUUUCACCCAAAGAAAUCGAGCGCAUGGUCGGCAUCAUCCACCGCAAGUUCAGCUCCAUCCAGAUGCAGCUCAAACAGAGCACGUGCGAAGCCGUCAUGAUCCUCCGUUCUCGCUUCCUAGACGCCAGACGAAAGAGGCGAAACUUCAACAAGCAGGCCACAGAGAUUCUGAACGAAUAUUUCUACUCCCACCUCAGUAAUCCGUACCCCAGUGAGGAGGCCAAGGAGGAACUGGCCAAAAAAUGCUCCAUCACAGUCUCCCAGGUGUCCAACUGGUUUGGAAACAAGAGGAUCAGAUACAAGAAAAACAUCGGCAAAUUCCAAGAAGAAGCCAACAUGUACGCUGCCAGGACCGCCGUUACCGCAGCCAGCGCUUCCGCUCAGGGAAGCCAAGCUAACUCGCCCUCCACACCAAACUCAGCCGGUUCUGCCGCCUCUUUUAACAUGUCAAACUCCGGGGACUUGUUCAUGAGUGUUCAGUCUCUGAACGGAGACUCGUACCAGGGGGCCCAGGUGGGCGCCAACAUUCAGUCACAGGUGGAUACCCUUCGCCAUGUUAUCAGUCAAGCCGGCGGAUACAGUGACAGCCUCGCUGCCAGUCAGAUCUACAGUCCGCAGGGCAUCAAUGCGAAUGGCGGCUGGCAGGACGCUCCAACCCCCUCCUCAGUGACCUCGCCCACGGAAGGACCCGGAAGUGUUCAUUCUGACACGUCCAACUGAUCUCCACUGACUAUUACCACACACAUCACCACCUUCAAACUCACAGGACUCACUGCUACAUCUGGUUUGGGAUUAUAACCACACAUGAUCAUACCACCCCUCUGCUACUAUGGAGCUUUUGAAAUUCUUUACAGAAGGUUUCAGGCUUCAUAGUAUUACUUUAGGUGACACAGCAACUCGCCUGUGACAGUUUCUUUCUUUAUGAGGCUUACGUUCAGUAAUGGAACAAAAACAACCCUUAUAUUUCAAUUUAAUGCUUCAUUCUACCUCUCAGAGAAAAAAAAAUCAAUAUGAAAUAAUAAGAGCAAUCUUUGUUUUCUAAAAGAAACUUUAUUAUCGGAAGACAGCACCUGCUUACGUAUUGUGUCCAAGUGGUUUUGAAGCAAAGUUGUUUUUGCUAUCUAUCGGUACGUGACAUUGCAUCUCGUCUUAUUUUUGUUUUUUUUGUU